AUGGCUGCUCCUGCUGCACACGAACGAGCAUUUGGUGUUACAAACAUUAAAUCUCACAUCCCUCUCAUCCUUGAUCUAGAUGAUCACAAUUACGACGCUUGGCGUGAAUUGUUUCUCACUCAUUGUCUCACGUUUGACGUUCUUGGGCACUUAGACGGCAGCCUACUUCCGGCGAAUGCUAACGAUGCCGCUUGGUACAAACGUGAUGGUCUGGUCAAGCUUUGGAUUUACGGUACACUCGCUCCUCCUCUGUUCCGAUCAUCUUUCCAAACGGGUGGCACUUCACGAGACAUUUGGCUUCGCGUGGAGAAUCAAUUUCGGAACAACAAGGAAGCAAGAGCGAUCCAGCUUGAUAAUGAACUGCGUACUCAAGAGAUUGGUGAUCGGACAAUCCAGGAGUACUGUCAGAAAAUCAAAUCACUCGCCGAUCUACUUACCAAUGUCGAUGCUCCGGUGAACGACAUGACAUUAGUCAUGUAUUUGCUCAAUGGUCUGAAUGAGAAGUUUGAUUACAUAAUCAAUGUAAUCAAACACAAGGAUCCUUUUCCAACUUUUGAGAUUGCUAAAUCAAUGUUGGAAAUGGAGGAGAGUCGCCUCAAGAAAACAAAUCGCCACACUGCCAAUCACACCGAUCACUCCUCGUCCACGACAGCUCUCACUGUUGCAACUACAUCAACGAAUCCUCGUCCAUCGCAACAACACCAGAAUCACUACAACAGAGGAGGAAACAAACGCAACAAAAACAGAGGUGGUGGUCGUAACAACUCUCAGCAAGUUCGCCCAAACUAUGCUAGUUGGGCUGCUCCCCCAUUCUGGCAAGGCCCGUUUACGUCAUGGCCCAAUUACUAUGGCAACUGGAUGCCU